UAAUGAUAAAAACCAAAUUUUAUGUGACUAAUAUUUUUAUAAAAAUGAACAUUUUUCAUUAUAAUUAAAAAAGUAACGUUUUUAUCUAUUUAUGAUUGGCUUCUUCGACUGAUUGCUUUUUCUCUCUCAUCCCCCUCCUCUCUCUCUCUCACAGACACGGACACACACUAGUCUCUCUCUCUAAAAAAUUCAAUUUCUGUACUGGGUUCCUCGGUUUCUGUUUCCUUAUCUUCAAUAUAAACCCACAGCUGAAGAAGGGAAAUCGAAGAAACAAUAAUUAACAAGGAGAGAAGAGAUCGAUUGAUUGAGCGAGUGAAGGAAAGGAUCGAAGAUGGCGCAGAUGCUACUCCAUGGAGAUCUUCAUGCAACUAUCUAUGAGGUCGACAAACUGCAUAUUGGUGCCGUUGGUUUGUUUUUCCGAAAGGCAGUGGAAGGCGUGGAGCAGGUGCUGGGGCUGGGCGAGACGGCGUCGAAGAUGUACGCGACGAUAGACCUGGAGCGAGCCCGCGUGGGUCGCACUCGCCUCCUUGACCAGACCGCGAAGCCCCGCUGGUACGAGUCCUUCCACAUCUACUGCGCCCACAUGGCCUCCGAGGUCGUCUUCUCCGUCAAGUUCAGCAAGGCCGUCGGCGCCGAGCUCAUCGGCCGCGCCUACACCCCCGCCUCCGACCUCCUCCGCGGCGACGAGAUCGACACCUGGCUCCCCAUCCUCGACACCAACCGCAAGCCCAUCGACGGCAACCCCAAGAUCCACGUCAAGCUCCACUUCUUCGACGUCAUCCGCGAGCGCUUCUACGCCGCCGGCCUCAAGACCCCCUCCUUCCCGGGCGUCCCCUACACCUUCUUCUCCCAGCGGAAAGGCUGCAAGGUCACGCUCUACCAAGACGCCCACAUCCCCGACGCCUUCGUCCCCCGGAUUCCCCUCUCCGGCGGCAUGUUCUACGAGCCCCACCGCUGCUGGGAGGAUGUCUUCGACGCCAUCUCCAACGCCAAGCACUUCAUCUACAUCACCGGUUGGUCCGUCUACACCGAGAUCACGCUCGUGAGGGACACGCGCCGCCCCAAGUCUGGCGGCGACGCCACCCUCGGGAAGCUGCUCAUCAAGAAGGCCGACGAGGGCGUCCGCGUGCUGAUGCUGGUGUGGGACGACCGGACUUCCGUCGGCAUCUUCAAAACGGACGGCUUGAUGGUGACUCACGAUGAGGAGACUUUCAACUAUUUCAAUGGCACCAAGGUGAAUUGCGUGCUGUGUGGGCGCAACCCCGACGACGGCGCCACCUUCGUGCAGAACAUCGCCAUCGGGACCAUGUUCACGCAUCAUCAGAAGACGGUGGUGGUGGACGCCGCCAUGCCCGGCACGGGCGACGAGACGAGGAGGCUCGUGAGCUUCGUGGGCGGGAUCGACCUCUGCGACGGCCGCUACGACACGCAGUUCCACUCCCUGUUCCGGACGCUGGCCACCGCCCACCACGACGAUUUCCACCAAGGGAACAUCGAGGGCGCCACCAUCGCGAAAGGCGGGCCGAGGGAGCCGUGGCACGACAUACACUGUAAGCUAGAAGGCCCCGUCGCGUGGGACGUCCUGUUCAACUUCGAGCAGAGGUGGAGGAAGCAAGGAGGGAAGGACUUGCUCCUCGAGCUCAACGACCUCCAGAGCAUCAUCAUCCCUCCGUCUCCGGUGACGUUCCUCGACGACGCGGAGACGUGGAACGUGCAGGUGUUCCGUUCCAUUGACGGUGGGGCGGCCUUCGGGUUCCCGGAGACACCCGAGGAGGCGGCCAAGUCCGGGCUGGUGAGCGGCAAGGACAACAUCAUCGAUCGAAGCAUACAGGACGCGUACAUCCACGGUAUUCGCAGGGCAAACAGAUUCCUGUACAUCGAGAAUCAGUACUUUCUAGGCAGCUCCUUCGCAUGGAACUCCACAGACAUAAACGAUGCGGAUGUGGAAGCGCUGCACGUGAUCCCGAGGGAGAUCUCGCUGAAAAUCGCGUCCAAGAUCGAGAGGGGGGAGCCCUUUAGAGUGUACGUGGUGCUGCCCAUGUGGCCGGAGGGCUUCCCGGCCAGCGCGUCGGUUCAGGCCAUUCUGGACUGGCAGAGAAGAACGAUGCAGAUGAUGUACACUGACAUAGUCCAAACCCUUAAAGCCAAGGGAAUCGUAGCCAACCCCAGGGACUACUUGACCUUCUUCUGCCUCGGCAACAGGGAGGUGAAGAAGCCCGGGGAAUACGAGCCUGCCCAGAAGCCUGACCCUAACUCAGACUACGGCAGGGCUCAGGCCAACAGGAGGGCCAUGAUCUACGUCCACUCCAAGAUGAUGAUCGUGGACGAUGAGUAUAUAAUCGUGGGAUCGGCGAACAUCAACGAGAGGUCGAUGGCAGGGUCGAGGGACUCGGAGAUCGCGAUGGGGGCGUACCAGCCGCACCAUCUGUCGAGAGGGGAGCCGGCGCGAGGGCAGGUGCAUGGGUUCCGAAUGGCGCUGUGGUACGAGCACACAGGGAUGCUGGACAACUCGUUUAGCUAUCCGGAGAGCUUGGAGUGCAUUCAGAAGGUGAACGGGGUAGCCGAGGCCAACUGGAAUCUCUACUCGCGAGACGGGGUCGAGAGGGACCUGCCCGGCCACUUGCUCACAUAUCCCGUCGGAGUCGCCUCCGACGGGACUAUAACGGAGCUGCCGGGGACCGAGAAUUUCCCGGAUACCAACGCUCGAGUUCUUGGAACCAAGUCUGGUUACUUACCUCCAAUUCUUACAACCUAACCUCAGCAUUUAGCUUAAUUUGGUGCAGAUCGAUGUAAUAAGGAAUUAAUAUUCAUCCAUCUAUGUUCAACUAUAAUAAAUUGUGCCACCUGCUCUAUGAUUUGUCUCCAUUUUUCUCUA